GACAGCUCUGAUUGUCGUGUGGUCUGCGAGUGAGUGGACACGCACACUCACAUACACUCUACUAUAAUCUGGCGCGGGGAGGGAUUUAGGAGGUAUAUCGGUGAUUACAGUUGAAACAGCCAAUGGGAAGAAACAACCGGCCCAUUCCAAUGAAUGACUCGGAUAUCUGGAUUUAAAUGUUUAUAUUCAAACAUACCAGAGCCCACUCACCCUUUUUGCAAUCCUUCUUUAAUCACAUGAUGGACAGACCGUGCCGACUGCUGGCCAUCCCAUGAUGGCCAGCAGUCAGUUCGAUUGCAUUCCGUCUUGAUUGGUAAGGCCUUGGAAUAUCCUGAGACUUCAGUUAAAACUUGUAUUGCUUGAAUUAUCUGAUCCAUAUAUUCACCACUUGGAUAUUAGAAAUGUAUAUUGAUUUAAACCAAUUUUGAAUAUCUGCAACUUAUAAAUAUAUUAAAAGGUGCCAUUGGAAAAUAUAUAUUUUAAUUCAUGUUUUGACACGGUAGGCCUACAACUUCAAAUGCCAUAUUUUAAUUUCAGAGGUAAAUUCAAUAACCAAUAAAUCCAGAUCAACCUGGUUCAUUUAAAAGGUAUAAUAUUUAAAUUUCAAGGGGUUAACAUUCCCAUAUACAGAGUUCAUUAGUUUUUAAAAUUAAAAAAAAUUAGAGCAAUAAUUUGCUUCUAUACCAAAGCUGAUUGGUACGACGUGACGAUUUCGCCUGUAUUCAGCCCAUCUGUGCGGGGAAUGAAACACUGGCCCUUUCAGACCGAACUAACCCUUUAAGACAGAACGGACCCCUGCAUUGACCGUCGUAGGGAAUCACUCACUGGUUUACAUUUGGGAUAUUUAGCAGACGCUUUUAUCCAAUGCGACUUACAAUAAGUACAUUUGUCAUAAGAAGUGAAACAAUAUCGCUGUCGCCUGUCGAGCGGCUUUACCGUUAACUGGUCUGGAGUAAGAUGAUCAGGGCCGAGAAGAUACCGCAGCAUCCUCCUUUGUUUUCAAUUCCAGGGUACCAAGGUUGUUUGGCCAACUGAGGGGAUGGCGGUGACCUAACAUUCAUCACUCUGACCACGCUUCUCAUCUUCUUUCAUGUUUCCCCCACUUGCAUGUAAUUAUUUAAGCUAUCGCUUUCCGGCUUUCUCAAGUUUUUACUACUCAUGCAUGCCCCCCCUUUCUGUUGUUCUUGGGGAGAGUAAAUUCAUAAAAGCUGUGGAUUUUUGGCAAGUGUUUUUGGUGUCAGAGUUGAGGUUUAUUACCCAGACACAGCCAACCUGAGGCCAGGUGUAGAGCCAGCGAUAGGGACCACCCCCGGGGAUUGCCGCCAUGCAGAGCCCAGCAGGGGUUUGUUACCUUUAGGCCCCCCUCCAUCUCUCGCCAUCUCUCCCCUUCACUGUUCUCCCCCACAACACCCCGCCCACCUUGUGUCUUGAUGUUGGGCGGGUCCCCUGGUACCCUCACCCUCUGUUGGCCCCCCCGCACCUGCUGCCACUACGGCCACCUCCCGCAGCCACGUUGUCGCCAUGCAGACGGAGGCGCUGGCUCCAGCCCUGGCAGAUAGCAAGGCCCCCGGGCCGCCCGCGCCCUUCAGCUCCGCGGUGCCCCUCCGGAUCCUCAACAAAGGCCCUGACUACUUCCGGAGACAGGUCGAGCCGAACCCAAAGCGCCUGAGUGCAGUGGAGAGACUGGAAGCUGACAAGGCUAAGUAUGUGAAGAGUCAUGAAGUCAUCAAUGCCAAGCAGGAGCCAAUCAAACCGCCCAUUCUGGCCAAGCCCCUCAUUUGCCCCGCCCAGCUUGGCAAAAGAGGCUCUGUGGGAGGAGUUGGGAAUGGAGGCGGGAUGACAUUCAAAGCCUCUAAUAACAACGCCAAGGCGGACUCCUGUGCCACUUCUAGCGGGGAAAUCUGCAAGCGGGAGAACCUGAACCUGGAGAUGCUGAAGAACCUCCUGAACUCCUCCUCCUCCCCGGGGGCCGGAUCUGAGGGUCCAGGGGGAGGGGCCAAAAGUGCUGUGAUGCUGAGGUCAUCAGGAGGAGGGGCCAGGAGCUGUAAUCCAUCCAGGAUGCCAUUGACAUACCGGUCCACCAUGACCCUCAAUGAGCAUCCACUGGAAACAGUGCCCAGCCCCAGCACCUCUCACUCCCUCCGCUCCUUCUCCCACUCCCUUAAAGUCCCUCCAGGCCAUAGCAGUGGGCGUCGCAGCCCUCAGCAGGGAGGGAACCUCAACCUCAGCAGACAGGUUCUGGACGAGAGAGGCAUAGGAGGAGGACGGCGCUCCGAGCGCUCCCACUCUCCGCUGCCUCCCCUGCUGACCUCCCACUCGUCCUCGGACCUCCUGCGGCUGUGCAACGGCAAGCCGCUCCGCACCGCCCGCUCCGGCAGCUCCUCCGCACCUCCCCUUCCCCCCAAGCCCCACCCCGCCUCGCUGCCGCCUCCUGCGUUGUCUCUUUCUCUGCCCUCCUACCGGCAGAGCCAGUCCCCCGCCCCCUGUGACGCGGCGACACCCCCUCUGUCCCUGACUUGCGAGCGAGGCGACCCCUCCAACGCGUCCAGCGACCCAAACCUGGAGCUGGGCUGCUCAGUGGCCCGCCGCCCGACGCUGCACCGCUCCAAGUCGGACCUGUCGGACCGCUAUGCCCGGGCCGGCGCCGACGUGGAGCGCUUCUUCAACUACUGCGGGCUGGACCCCGAGGAGCUGGAGGCCGGCGGGCCGGAGAGCUUCACCAGGGCCAACUCCGACAUCGUCAGCCUCAACUUCCGCUCGGCCUCCAUGAUCUCGUCGGACUGCGAGCGGCGGUCAUCCCACGAGGGGCUGUCGGACGCAGAGGAGGGCGAGGCGGAGGAGGAGGAGGCGGGGGAGCGAGUGCCUUACGGGAUCUCGGCUGUGGAGCGCAACGCCAGGGUCAUCAAGUGGCUUUACAGCAUCAAACAGGCACGAGAGACGCAGAAGGUCUCUCAUGUCUGAGAAGGGGAACACGAAGCAGACUGUUUUCUUUGUGUCUGAAGAACAAGUCAUGGGAGGAGAGUCAGAGACCUGGGAGUGGCCGCCAGUUGAAUUGAGGCUAAUGGUAACAUUGAGAAAUGUGCAUCAAAGCAGGUGGUCCAUGUUCUUUGUGUGGAUGUGAAUAAAAGCAUCUGUGCAGACAGUACAUGUACAGACAGACAGCAUAUAUAGAGCUCGACAGACCACAGUACUACCAAACCAUGAAAUAAAAGAGGAAGCAUGAGAAGUAGAUAUAAACUAGCAGAAUGACAGCUUGGUUACAUACACAGAUCCACUAAAGAACGCACUCAUUUGUAUUACAAUGGACGUUUCUUGAUGGACACAAAAUCUGCCGUGCACAAAGGCAGUUGGGUUGUUCCUUUGAAUAAAUCUCUGAUUCCUGUUGCUUAACCAAUGCUGAUAGACUACGGGGCAGUCACUUGGUCACCAAACAGAGGGAUUAUUUAGCUGAGAACAUUCUUCCAACCAUCGAUUACCCUGAGAAGAAAAUAACACUCUUCACAUCUAUUCAAAGUUAUGACGGACUUCAAUCUGUAUAACUUGCUGAAUUAUCUGAGUAGUGUUGCAACACUUGAGCGACCCUGCUAAUGAACACUUGUUAGACUUGACGAUCACAAUUCCAUCAGACAACUCCAAUUUGACAGGCAGGUGGCGGUGGUGUGCUAGUAGAAUUUUGCAGAAUAAUCACAUUGCUGUAUGUGUUAGGGUUGCCAAAAUUACAUAACCAACUCUGUACGAGGCAACAAGUUUGCCUUUCAUUAUCCAGUUCACUUUUAACGAAAAGGCCCACUUGAAACAAUGACAUAAAUCCAAAAUCAAUGUUCACUAUUUAGAGAUAUAGGCCAAAAGUAAUGUAGCAACAAGGAAAGUAGAUUUUGAAAUUACGUUUUGGGGGAUUAUUUUGGUGUGUUGCAUUCAGAUUUCUCUAUUUAUCCAAGGGGAAAAUAUUGAUUUGGGAACAGUUAGUCCCAAUGCUAAUGAUAAUAGUGGAUCAUUGAUCACGAUAUGCGAAAGGUAAAGGUUAGCCCCUUUAUGCAUGUUGUCAAGGAUGGCAAUGAGGCUACUUGGGGUAAGACUCAAAUGUCCUUUUUGAAUUUUCAAGUCAACAUUACUUACAAUAUGGGCCAGAAUGAGUCUUCCCUCCCUAUGUUUCCCUUUAAAAAAUUUGGAAACAAGCAGCAUGACAGAGUGUUUAUCUUUCAGAAGGCAGAGAUAGUAGAAAAGACUUCUGUAAUUUGGGGAAACAUCAAAAUGUUGGACUGGAAUCAUUUGGCUACAGGUGUGUUAUAAUGCACAAUUUAUUAACAAUUUAUAAUUUCACGCACUUUCAAGCUUAAUUCUGAACUAGUUUACUUUCAUUAUGCUGCGUUAAACUAUAGCUUGCCUUGUUCCUCCUGACAUUAUUUCUUGUGUUGUAUUCUUAAGAGCCUGAUAAAAUUAGUUUUAUUAUUUUCCUAUGAUUAUGUGUCUGCCAUUGUGCAUACAUUUCACAUGACUGACAAAUAAUGUUUGAAAUACAAAAAAAGGCCUAGAAUUUAGGUCGUCGUAUCACAUUGGUUAAUUUAGAAACAUAAAAGUUAAUAAUUUGGAAUGAAAAAUGCCACAUUGUCCAAAAUGAUGGAUCCUAGAUCCUAGAGACCAUAUUGUGUUCAUUUAUAUUAAUUAUGAGUAACAGGUGAGAGAUCACAAGAAUGGCUGAGAUGGGGGCAGAUUGGCAAGAGAAUUACCGUAUCAUUAACGUCAAAGGUCAACCUUGUGGCAAACAUUAAAGGCAUAGCUAGAAAUAUGUUUCUUGCAGCUGGUAUAACAACUGCAGUGCAUUUCUCCCCAACCACAUAUGCCUCAUUAUUUGAGCUACAGUGCUGAGCUGUUCCAGAGCCAUGCAUUCAAUGGCUCCCCAAUGCACCACCAUUCUUAUGGAUCAGGGCUGUUAAUGUGUUUGUUAUGUAGGUUAAACAUGUUUUGCUUUUUAGGAAAUUAUUGAAUACAAACCUGUACAUACUCAUUACAUUUGGAAAAAGCUACCUCCACACUUUUAUCUCUAAGUUAGUCUCUGAGACACAUACACCACCACAGUACCAGCAGUAAACCCCAGCAUCUCUUGUCAUGAUGAAUGCCCUGAGCUUUUCUAAACCAGCUACAGUUUCAACAUUGCAUAAAGUACAAACCUUGACACUUUUUUGUGGAUGUCACUUUGGUGGCAACAUAUCAGAAGGGCCAAAAGCCAUAUGUAGUUGCGAUGUCUCCCCUGUCCUUAGUUCUAAUAAACUCACAGCUCUUGAAUCAACUACAAUAAAUAUGUGAUGGAAGUCGAUAACACACAUCCCUACACACUGAAACCUCUACAGGGCUGUGGGAGCCUGCUGCUGUCUAUGGUGCCCAUGUUCUCCCUGUGGUCCUCGCUAUUGCCUCAAUUUGACUUAUCAUCUAUAUCACCUGUCGUCUCAGUAAUGUUUAAGCAUUGACCAGGUUUGUGUGAUCAUAGAGUACACAGGUAACAAUGACUUUAGCCCCAGUCUAGCCCUGCAAAACAAGUAACAGCUUAGUUAUCACCCAAUUCACCAAGCAUUCUGUAUGACAAAACUAGGCUGGAAUUUAGCAGUGUCCAACCAGAAACCUCCCUGCUGGGUUGGAUAUCAAUGUGUGAACGUUUUAACUUUCAUAUUUCAGAGGAAGAUGGUAAUAUGUGUGCAUUUUAAACAAGAAGGCAACAAAUGUCAACAAGGUCUGGUAACAUUCUGAAGUAUUGUGCGGGUUAAACCUUGCAGCAGACCAGGGUUAGAUCUCCUCCAGGGUUAGCCUAGCGAGCUUAGGCAUCCGUUACCCUUGUCAAUAUAAUGAACUAAUCUAUCUGAUCAGGAUAUCCAAAUCAGAUUCUGCCCAAGCUGUGAUCUAAUUGGAGUUUAUAGUAUUGUGAUAGAAAUUCAGGCCUAAUGUGGAAAUAUAACUACAAUAGCUACAUGAUUUAAACUAUGACCCGUGCACACAAGUUUUGUGUCAAUUCCAGGUGCUGAUGGCAGGUCUGUCACCAAGUGUAUCUAGGCCCUAAGCGGAGUGUGAAGUUCAAGACUAUCUUGUAGAAACCAGUCCACCAGGGCCAAUGAAUUUCCCCCACGCAUUAAAUUGUGACGAUGACAGCAGUGUUGAGCUACAAGAGCUACAUGAGACCACAAGACAAGGGGAAAGGUCAUGACACGGUUUGAAAUAUUCAGAGUGCACAUCUCAAUGACGAUUGAUAACUGAUUAGGACCAAGAGUUGAGUAUUGUGAUCAGCACAGCAGUCUGAAUGAAUGUGGAUUGUUGUUAUGGAUUCUCCAGGUAUGCAGGAAUUGAUGGUACCGGUUGUCUAGAUAGAACAACGUCCAACUGAGGUGAGCUCUGAUUCCCUCUAGUGUGCUUUGCAGCGUGUUGGUCAGCACUAACACACUAUAUAAUUCCCUUAAGCAAACACACUUGGAAAGGGACUCCUGUCUGUCUUUAAUGCUUAUCUUGUACCAAGGCUCUGGCCCAGUCCCUCUAGGGCACCAAUGUCUCACUCUGUUGUGAUUCUAAUGACAAUUGUCAAUCCAUCACCUUGCGUUUGGUUCAAUCUUGUCAUCGAUGUGUUUGUUUUUUUACAGAUGCAUUUCUUCUGUGGUACUUGCUUUGUUUUUUAACGUGUAAAUGCUGUAAGAAAAAAAAGAGUAUGAUUUCUGACUUUUGUUAUUGCUUUUUUGUCUUGAGGUUUGUGUAAUGAAAGAGUAUCAACAAGUGAAUACAUGGGGUCCUCGUCUUUGUUACGUAGCUGUCAAAUCAGACACAGUCCUUCUGAAGAUAUUCCUGAUUGUUUCUCACCUUGGAAUCACUUUACAUUUGCUUUAAUCAAAUAAAAGUGUGUCUAUGUUUAGUUCCUUAAA